UGCCGCGCAUGCGCCGUGUUUGUCUGGGCUCCACACAUUGGAGGCUGCUGAAGUUUCGGAAGUUGAGCCAACUCGCAGUGAUUUAGCCCGACAGACAGCUAGCAGCAGAGAGACGCUCCGAGCGUCCCAAACUUGGUUUUCAGCCAGAAAAAGUUCGAUUGGACGGGACCUCCAUACCCACAGUGGACUACCGAGGACUACCUAUGGAUUAUAACCGUUUUGGGUGAUUUAAAUCGCGUUAACUGAAGCGUUCGAGGAGUUUGGAAGAAGUUGUGAUUGUUUUUUUUUUUUUUUUUUUUUUUUUUUUUUUUUUGGCGCUCCAGCAGCGCAGAGGAAAGAUGGAGGAUCUGCUGCUGCUGUAGCAGCGGCUAACGUUAGCUGCUCAUCGUCGUUUACGGGCAAAUUUGAGCUAACUGUCUGUCUGAUAGAUGACCCAAAAGUUUGGAUGCUAGAAGUCCCCACGUUAACGGAGCCCGCUUUUUCUCUGCAGAGCUGCUGUUCUGGACUGGACCGCAGACCAACUGAAGCAUGAGAGGCCAUCAGGCUCUGAGGAUGGAAGCAGAGCUACAGGAGGCAGGUUUCAGACGUCACAUGGUGCUCUGAAGAAGCCAUGGGUAGCUGCCUAAGCUGUCCAGAGAAAGAGUCGGUUCCAGAUAAUCAUCAAAGUAAAUUCAAGGUGAUCAAUGUGGACGACGAUGGGAACGAGCUGGGCUCAGGUGUGAUGGAGCUGACCGACGCCGAGCUCGUCCUCCACACCCAUCGCCGUGACGAUGUCAGGUGGCCUUACUUGUGCCUGCGGCGCUACGGCUACGACUCCAACCUGUUCUCCUUUGAGAGCGGCCGCCGCUGCCAGACGGGUCAAGGUAUCUUUGCCUUCAAAUGUUCCCGAGCUGAGGAGAUCUUCAACAUGCUGCAGGAGGUGAUGCACAGUCACAGUAUCAACGUGGUGGAGGAGGCGGUGCUGGACCCCAACCAGCAGGCGGCGCUCACUCCUGCGGCUCUGGGAUACUCGGUGCCCUCGGUCCCCAAUGGGGUGACCAGGAUGCCCUCUGUGGGUGAGGCUCCAUCUCACCCCUCCACACGUCACCCCUCUGUGGCCAGCACCCGCCUGCCGUCUGUGGGGGAGGAGUCGACUCACCCGCUGCUGGUAGCUGAUGAGGCGGUCCACACCUACGUGAACACCACGGGUCUCCUGGAGGACCAGCCCAGCCCACUGACCGCCACCACCCCUUUGGAGAGCCCCACCUCUCCCCAGUCCCAGUGUCCUCCCACCCCACCGCCUCCUCCCAGGGUCCGCACUGAGCCUUUAGCCCCGCCCACCCAGCUGGAGCCCCAGGUGCUGCUGGAGCCUCAGGGUGUGCGCUUCGUUCUGGGCCCCACCCCCGUUCAGAGGCAGCUGAUGGAGAAGAGGCAGCAGGAGCUGAAGGAGGCACAGGAGCCCCAAGAGACUAACGGUCCUGCGGAAGGCCCUGCAGAGCCGGCCCCCCCGCACUCCAACGGCUCCUCCUCAAAUUCAUCUGUCGCUCCCCGCCGCCACCGGCCGCCUCCCCUCACCCCCGACCUGCAGAAUGUCAACAACUCAGCCCAGCGGCGCACUGCCCUGCUGGACUACGAGAACCUGCCGGCGCUGCCGCCGGUGUGGGAGGCCAGGAAGCCGAGCUCAGAGGAGGAGGAGGGCAGUGGCCUAAAGACGCCAUCGCUCAACGGCUACAACCACCACCCCCCCCACAGCCUGCUGCACCACUCCUACUCCCACCCGCUGUCCGCCACGCUCGAGCCUUCGCACAACUAUGUCAACACUGAGAACGUGACGGCGCCGCUCAGCGCGCACCGGCCUGACACGGCCCGGCGCCGUACAGACGGACCCACCAUCUUUAACUUUGACUUCCGCCGGCCGCCACUACCAGGCCACCCGGAGCCCCCAAAAACCCUGAACUACAUUGAGGUGGAGAUGGACAGCAGUGCCGGGAACAAGGGUGCCUCGGACGGCAGCAACCCUCACACACCGCGCACCCCCACCUCACCCCUGCCACCCACCACACCCACGCGGCGCACUGAGCUGUACGCCCUCAUUGACAUCGAGCGCACCGCCGCCAUGUCCAGCCUGCAGAAGGCACGGCCGCGAGACGACGGCACGUCACGAAAGACGAGACACAACAGCACGGAGCUGCCCACCAAGAGCAUGGCGUGACUUCCUGUUCACGGAGCCGUGCACGGAGCCGCGCACGGACUGCACAGUGCUUGGCUUCCUGUUAUGGACUCCAGCUGACCAAUCAGAUAAAAGAUAGGACUUCCUGUGUGCUCACCUGUGCAGGUGUGCCACAGCAGAUAAACUGGUACUAUAGCAGACGUAAUACCUCUGACGGAGGCGGAUGAUGAUGAUAUUGAUGAUGAUGAUGUAACAGACUGCAUUCCUUAUAUGGUACAGAUCAGUAUUACUGAAGCAUUCCAUUUAGCUUUUUGUACGAGUCACUCUGCUGCUGAAAGUCUGUGUUCCAACAUGUACAGUAGAUCUGACCCAAUAAAGCCCGGUUCUAUUUGUA